AGUCACGCGGGCGAUGGGCGGAAGCGGAAGCGGAAGCGGAGAGGGGUCCCGGCGGCGUUUUGGACUCGGAAGUAGCGCGGGGUCCGGGCAGUGGGUUCUGUAGCGGGGAGCAGCUCCAGAGACCGGACACAGCGCGGCAGCGGCGUCCUCCACCAUGGCCGCGACAUCCAACCUACAGAAAGCAAUAGAUCUUGCUAGCAAGGCAGCACAAGAAGACAAAGCAGGAAACUAUGAGGAAGCACUCCGCUUGUACCAACAUGCUGUGCAGUAUUUUCUCCAUGUUGUUAAAUAUGAAGCACAGGGUGAUAAAGCAAAACAGAGUAUCAGAACGAAGUGUACAGAAUAUCUGGACAGAGCAGAAAAACUGAAGGAGUAUCUGAAAAAGAAAGAGAAAGCUCCAGCAAAGCCAGUGAAAGAGUCUGGUCCAUCCGAUGAAAAAGGGACUGACAGUGAUGGGGAAGGAGAGUCUGAUGAUCCUGAAAAAAAGAAACUGCAAAAUCAACUUCAAGGUGCCAUUGUUAUGGAGCGACCAAAUAUAAAGUGGAGUGAUGUUGCUGGUCUUGAAGGAGCCAAAGAAGCACUUAAAGAAGCAGUGAUAUUGCCCAUUAAAUUUCCUCAUCUAUUUACAGGAAAGAGAACACCUUGGAGAGGAAUUCUUCUGUUUGGGCCACCAGGAACAGGAAAAUCUUACUUGGCAAAAGCUGUGGCCACAGAAGCCAACAACUCUACAUUCUUCUCAGUAUCCUCCUCUGACCUUGUCUCAAAAUGGUUAGGAGAGAGUGAAAAAUUAGUGAAAAACUUAUUCCAGCUUGCCAGAGAAAACAAACCUUCCAUUAUCUUCAUUGAUGAGAUAGAUUCUCUGUGUGGAUCAAGAAGUGAGAAUGAAAGUGAGGCUGCUAGACGAAUUAAAACAGAAUUCCUAGUUCAGAUGCAAGGGGUUGGUGUAGACAAUGAAGGAAUCUUGGUUUUGGGAGCUACAAACAUACCCUGGGUUCUGGAUUCUGCUAUCAGGAGAAGGUUUGAGAAGCGUAUUUAUAUUCCUUUGCCUGAGGAGCACGGUAGGACUGCUAUGUUUAAGCUUCACCUUGGGAACACCCCAAACAGCCUAACAGAAUCAGACUAUCGAGAGCUUGGAAAGAGAACUGAUGGCUAUUCUGGUGCUGACAUCAGCAUCAUUGUUCGCGAUGCACUGAUGCAGCCUGUUAGGAAAGUGCAAUCAGCCACUCACUUUAAGAAAGUAAGAGCACCAUCACUGGCUGACCCAAAUACUUUGGUAGAAGACAUGCUUACUCCAUGCUCCCCAGGUGAUCCUAAUGCCAUUGAAAUGACCUGGAUGGAUGUCCCAGGGGAUAAGCUGUUGGAGCCUGUUGUUUCCAUGGCUGAUAUGCUACGGUCACUGGCUAGCACAAAACCAACAGUAAAUGAACAGGAUCUGGAAAAAUUAACACAGUUUACAAAAGACUUUGGUCAGGAAGGCUAAACCAAAGACAGUCAUGGAAGACUCGAGCUUAUGUUUUCUCUUUUAUAGGUAAUUUUGCCUCCUUAUUGAUGGCAUUUCAAAUAAUUGCCAAUGAAAAAAAUCACUUCCUUCUUACUUUGCACAUGGAAUAGAAGAUAUCUUUGCAAAGACCCUUUGAGCUUUUGUAUUGUAUUGUUUUCCUCAAAUGUCUAUUAAAUGUCUUCUACUGAGAGGUAAUACUAAGAGUAUAAUUUUAGGAUCAUAUGGCAAAGCAAAAGUGAUGUGGUAAAUUGUAUUUAAAUAUUAGAAAUCUCUUAAAAGAUUAGUUAAGUUUUACUAAAUGUUAAAUUUUAGGCUAUAUCUGGUAGGCCUGACUAUAAAUUAUUUAUGAAGUCCCGUUGGGCCCAACGAUAAAUGACAGUUACACACGUCCUCUCCCACCCCCAAAAAGGCCAAGUGUUCUGAAAGUCAAUUAGCCUGCACAUUAAUUGCUUUCUUUUCAGUUAGAUAAAUACAUAAAAAUUUGCUAAUAAAUCAGAUAUUGCAGAUGUACAUGUCCUGUAAAAUAGGUAAGCAAAGAACACUGUGAUGGGGGCUAAUAUUUUGAACUUAUGUAAUGGCCAGUACUUAUGAUAAAUACAGAUAUUGAACUGGUACUUGGCUCUUUUUCUGGUAUGCUGUGUUUAAUUAUUGCCUUAAAAAACAGCAAACUUUUGUUUUUUAAUUCCACUAGCUGAUAGACGUCUGUCACUGUGCAAUCUAGCAAAGACUUACUAAAUUUAAGAAUCUUGGAAGAAAGUUCUUCACUGAUUUUUUUUUUUCUUUAAAUCCAGAUUUACUUUCAGUAGGAGUUUUGACCAAACGUAUAGAAUGUUUUAGAGUACUUGCAUAAGAUUACGUAACUGAAGGCCUGCAAGGUAUAACCAGUCUUUGAAUAUUGUAAGUGAGAUGUUUCUGGAACUAACUUGUGAUCUUAUUUUCAGAACCUGGGAAAUUUAGGGAAGAAGUAGUAAAAGGCUACAACUUUGAGAUGAUCGGCUAAAUUGUCCUAAGUACCUCCUUUAGUACAGUGCAUAGCAUGUAUCAAUUUAAUGCUUAAAGAUUUUGAAAAUACCUCUCUAAACAAAAUACAAUAGUAGUAUCGUUACUUCCUGUGAUUUUUUUCUAAAGGAUUCUAAGAUGUGCCUAAAUGUAACUUACAACACUAUACUGUCAGCAUUGAGUUUGUGCCUUGUAAGUUUGCACUGUAGAUAUGAAAGAUCAUUGAGGUAUUUAGAAUACAGUACAUUCCAUUAUUACCUGUAAAAUUCUAUCCCUGCAUAUGCUUUGUUUAAACUAACUUGCAUUAAAAAAGAAAUUUGCACAUUUCAUAGAUAUAUUAUACGGUCACCUUUUGAUGGGUUUGGUUUUCUUUUUAUGUACAUAUUUUGUGUACUGUAUAAAUCAUAGGACGGGUGAAAUUUGCUGUACUUAAAUUAAGUAAAAUGUCAUAGUACAACAACUAUA